AUGACUUCUAUAUCGACAGCCCGUACAGAUAGAGUCCUCCAGCCCGCGGCAAAAUCAGGCCUGAGCCAAGUAACUUACGGAUGCACAGACGGCAAAACUGUCUCUUGCCAGGUCGGCACUACACUCAUUCCUACCGUAGUACAAGUUGCUGAUAUGGACAUGACUGUCAGCGACCCUGGGAUGGUGAAAAGUCUGGGCCUACGUCCAAACGCUGUCCUGUGUCCGUCUACAGUCGAGCUCGAGUCUAAGCUAACGGAGACCUCGGGCAUUCGCGUAAUGGAUAUUCGUGAUGUUAAAGAGGUCGGCAUCAGUUUUGGAAAAGUCACCGGUAAAGCCAGUCUCCAGGAUCGAGACCGGGGCGUCAGAGGAUUGGCGGCCACAUAUGAACCACCCGAGUCCUGUUAUGUUCAAUUCAAAUCACGACAGGUGCCCAAUCUGGUGGGCUCUGAAGUGGCAGCACCGCACAUGAGCUCAGACAGAAGUGUAGCCCUGGGCAAACGAAUCGACCACAAUGCCGGCUGCACUUUCCGUGUUCGUGAACUGACUCAAACCAAUGUUCCAGAACACUUCAGCCAAAUCACACUCACUAGCCCCAGCGUAAUUUCUCAAUCCUCUUGGCAAAGGGACACGUACCAAGUGGUGCCAACUCCGAACAGGCCUCUUCGCCCACCGACCCAAUCAGCCACUUGCCAGGUUGGUCUGGUCCUGGAACCUACCCUCCUAAGUGUCCCCGGUAAGGUCAGUGCUGGGCACAUGAACACCACCUCCGGGCCCGGUCUGCAGCCCUCUCGGUUGGAGUUAAGUGCUCGGCUUGCUGAAGUUCCCGGUGUGCAGCUGACUUCACUUAGUGACACACCCAACAUGACCUUCCAAGUGGGUAAUCAAAGGUACCUCGCUGCGGUGGAGGUCUGUGACUCGGUUAAACGCGAUCUGAGCAAAUUUGGCGGAAUGCAACGCUCGCUGACAGAGACCUGGACUCGACCAACGUCCAAAUUUUCAUCCCUUGGCGCUGAUAACACGGCUAAGCUGACAACCGGCCAGUUCAGUGGUGACCGAGAAGGCAUUCGGUUGUCCAUUGAAAUCCCGAACAUUGCUCCCCAGCCACUGAAGCAGCAGCAAGUGGGUAAGGCAAAUGCUUGGGGGAACAGUCCCAAAGGUUACACCACCAACACCUCCGAAACCAUUCUCGAAGUAACUGGUCUGACGAACGUAGGCAGAAGAGUAAGACUUAGGAUUCCCGUCGACCUAACAGAAAUCCUGCCUACAGUUGACGUGUCUGUCAAUGCAAGCGCACCAAAACAAGACUUUCUGGGUGGUUCUGGUAUUCCAAAAACCUAUGGAAAGCUCUGUGAUGUCGCCUGCGAAGCUUUGAUCAUACCGGACACGCUUGAGAAACGUGUUCAGACGAUGGCCUGA